AUGUCUUCGGCCCAAUCUGCACCCGUGUCCUUGCCCCGGGUAGCCAUCACAUACUGCACGCAAUGCCGCUGGAUGCUGCGCGCUGCUUACUUUGGCCAAGAGCUCCUCUCAACCUUCGGCACCCAGAUCGGAGAGAUAGCCCUCAUACCAGUCACAGGCGGCGUCUUCACGGCCGAGCUUGAUGCGACUAGCGAAGAUGGCGACGGAGAUAGGCCUGUGGAGACGAAAACGGUGCUGCUGUGGGAUCGCAAAGCGGAGGGCGGGUUCCCCGAGACUAAGGUGCUGAAGCAGAGAGUUAGGGAUCGUAUUGAUCCCAAGAGGGAUUUGGGGCAUUCGGAUGUCGGGGGGAAGAAGGGGAGGAAGGAGGGAGAAGGGAAGGAAAACGUGAAGGUGGAGAAGGAGGGUGAGGGUGGUGUGAAGGAUGGGGAGGUUUGUGAAGACUGUAAGUAG